CAGGCUCGCGCGCCUCCGCACGCCCCAUGCUGCCCGGUCCACUCGCACCACUCGAUCCGCACAAAACGCGCGCGCUAACCACUAUUUACGCGCCGCGGAAACUCAUCACGCGGAAGAACAAGACGGCACAGCUAAGAAUGCUUGACAACGAGAUUCAAAUCAAACCAACUCUUUCCCCUUUCCAUCCUCUACCAGCUAUUGGACAGAAGCUGGAGAAGUCCAAGACGAAGGUGAUCUUGUUUGACUUGAAUAAAAAUGAAUCCGGUACGUUGGAUCGGUCGAUCAAAAUCCGAGAUGUGCUCAAGCCUUGUACACCGUUGCGCAUACACGGAUUCGCGAGGCAGAGUUCCCUAAGUAAUCUGAAUGUCAAGAGGCCUCAACAGUUGCUCAGAGAAAACACUUACGAUGUUAUAGAACCGAUAUAUGUGACUGCACCAAACGCUACAGCGAGUAAAGAUGACACCUCACCUACUAAAACAAAUCAGUUAGCCCAGCCAACGCCAAAUUCUGAGAGCACACUUAGCAAGGAGAAGAUAAAAACUUCACCGAAGACGAGGUUUAAGAAAGCAGCGAUGCAAGUGGCCAAGUUGUCAACAAUGCCGGAGACAGGGAAGCUGCUGUGUUUGAGGGAGCGACAGACGUAUCAGGUGUGUAGAGUUGAGGGUGACAAAACAGUUUGCAAGCUGCAGGAGCUGCCUCAGAGCCCGGCGCACAAGCUGGACAAGCUGUCAGAGAUUUUCCAGAACCUGGAGAUGAAAGGGCGGCACAGAGACAAAAUGAAAAAAGAGAACAGUUGGUUCUAACACGUGUAUACUUAGAUUAAGAGAGUGCAAUCAUUGAAUUAAUGGACCUUCGCUGAUAGGUUAAA